AUGGAAGAAGAACACCCAAAUCUUCAAAUUUCAAAGCGUGCUCAUUUGCUUGAUGUUUUGUACCAUGUAUUCAUGCCGGAAUUCGAGGAACCAACAGAAAUAACUGAAGCCGAGGAAGAGAGAGGAAAGGAAGGUGAAGGUUCUGAAUACUUCUGCUUCCCCCAUGAUAAAGAAAACAUUAAGCCAGAAAAUGAGAAUUCUAGUGACAAACCCCCGUUGGUUGAGGAGAUUUCAAUCCCUUCUGUCACAAAACUCUCCGAAGUUGUUGGUGUGAAAUUUUCAUCCACUAAUGGUGGCACUUUAAAUUUUGGAUUUGAUUGUAAAACUGUUACAUUAUACCUACCCACCAUUAGUUUAGAUGUAAACACAGAAGUGACCUUAAGGAACUUGGUUGCUUACGAAUCCUGCAAUGCAUCUGGGCCCUUGGUUUUGACUCGUUACACAGAAUUAAUGAAUGGGAUUAUUGAUACGGCUGAGGAUGCCAAGUUGCUGAGAGAGAGAGGGAUUAUAGUGAACCGAUUGAAGAAUGAUAAAGAUGUGGCUAACAUGUGGAAUGGGAUGAGUAGGUCUGUGAAGUUGACAAAAGUGCCCUUCUUGGACAAAGUGAUCCAAGAUGUGAACAAGUAUUAUGACAGUAGAUGGAAGGUUAAAGCUGGGAAAUUCAUAAAGGCGUAUAUUUUUAGGUCAUGGCAGUUUCUCUCAUUGCUUGCUGCUAUUCUGUUACUGUUGUUGGUGAUUUUCCAAACGUUUUGCUCAGUUUAUAGCUGUUCUCGAAUCAUUCAUGUCCCAAAUCUUCAGUGA